AUGUGGCGAUCGGUGCUCGUUCUCUGCCUGUUUGCUGUCGUUGCUCAGUGCGCCGUGAAACGCUCCACUGCCGUUGCGACAGGAUUCCGAGAAAACUGCUUUCCGAAACCAACUGGUGGUUGUAAAUGUGACAUCAAGGAUGGUUCUGUGAAUACUAUGAUCGAAUUCGCCUCGGAUGAUGAGUGCAAAAAACCGAUUGAAAUGGUGACAGCCGAAAACAAGAAGAAACUCAGUGAAGAGAUCCACGAGAAGUUCGGAGCAUUCAAGGAUAACUGCUUCCCAAAGCCUUCCGGUGGAUGCAAAUGUAAUGUUGACUUAGGACAUGGCGAAGAGGUUGUGGAAUAUGGAACUGAUGCUCAGUGCAGAAAGAGCGUUGAAAGCCAAACAGCAGAGCACAAAAAGGAGUUGAAUCAAGAGAUCAAAGAAAAAUUUGGCGACUUCAAGGAGAACUGUUUCCCAAAACCGUCCGGUGGGUGCAAAUGCAAUGAGAAGGACGCGCUCGGCAAUGAGGUCGUUACCGCAUACAACAAUCCGUCAGAGUGCCGAAUCCGUUCAAAACGUGACGUAGCAGUUGGCACUCAACGACAGCCUGUGAACGCCAACCAACAACAGCAAAAGUACCGUCAACGUGACCCACCAAGUCAAAAUGUUCGUGAUCCUGUCAGAGAACGUGCGCAGGCAAACUAUGCUGCUGUGUUGGAUGAAUUGCACAACAAAUUCAAAGGAUUGAAGGAGGGUUGCUUCCCACGACCUAAAGGAUGCCUUUGCGUAAUCGGCAAAACCGCCGAAGGACGAGACAUCACUGAGCGCCGCAUGAAGGAUGCCGACUGCAAAUGCAAGGAAGGUGAAAGAGGUCCGGGAUGUCCUGCGGCAUGA